GCUUGGCAUCGGGAGCGGUUUCUAUGAGAGCUUAAGCAAACAGUUAUUUAGUUUUGUCGGAAAUUAUAUUGGAUACAUUUUUUUUUUAAACCAAGAUCAAUUGGAUAUUUAUCAACGAUCAUGACACGCAUAGCAUUACUAGUCAUCAUCUGCGGAUUAGUUAAUUUAUCAGCAGGACAAUAUUUUGAUGAUGGAUACAACUAUCCAAAACCAAGUAAUCCUCUAACCUAUGCAGCUCCAACAGUUGCAACCGUACAAAAAGGUUAUGAUUAUCCAAAGCCAAAAGAACAAUUAGUACUUCCUACGAAACAUCAAGGUUAUGAUUAUCCAAAGCCUAGUAUUCCAUUUGAAGUCCCCGUUAAGCGAAUCGAACCCAAGAAAGAACAAAUUGUUCCAAAUAAAAUUGGAUACGAUUAUCCAAAACCAAAGCAACAACUGGUUGUUGUAUCUCCUGUCGAAAAGAAUUAUUUACCACCAACAAGCAAACCUAUCGAGAAAAAUUACUUGCCGCCCACCAGCAAACCUAUCGUUCCACUUGAGAAAAAUUACUUGCCGCCCACCAGCAAACCUAUCGUUCCACUUGAGAAAAAUUACUUGCCACCAACGAAAAAACCAAUCGUUCCUGUUGAAAAGAACUACUUGCCACCAACACCCAAACCAGUUGUUCGUGUAGAAAAGAAUUACUUACCGCCAACCGUUGCUCCUGUAGAGAAAAAUUACUUGCCACCAAAACCUUCACCUGCAGCACCUAAACCUGUUGUUUUGCCAAAAGCCCAGUCUGGCUACGAUUAUCCAAAACCAAGUAAACCAUUUAUCGUUCCCUCCACGGCAGCCCCAACAACAACAACGGUUAGUCCUCGUAUCAAUCCAGUACCGACCAGUGGAUAUGAUUACCCAAAACCAUCCAAACCACUAGUUCUUCCCAUUUCAACACCAAAACCAACGACAACGACAACUACAACUGUAAGAACAACUACAACAACGACAGCUGCUCCCGUUCAGUACUCUGUAGCUGAACACGGAUACGAUUAUCCAAAGCCAGCAGUGCCUUUCAAUGUUAAUUCAAUCCCAACAACAACGAUCGCACCUGUUCCAGUUCGUAAGCAAGGUUAUGAUUACCCAAAACCUUCGAUCAGUUUUGAAAUUCCUUCUACAACUUAUAAACCAAUAACAACUACAACCACAACUGCUCGACCAACAACAACUACUCGACCAACAACAACUACUCGACCAACAACAACUACUCUUAGGCCAACAACUACUCCUAGGCCAACAACAACAGUUGCUCCAGUCAAGUACUCAGCACCUGAAUCUGGAUAUAAAUACCCAAAGCCUUCAAUUCCUUUCGAGAUUCCAGCACCAACAACAACAACACCAAGACCAGCUCCAAGAACCACUUCCCCACCCGCACAAGUUGGUUAUAGUUAUCCAAAACCUCAAAUUCCAUUUGAGCCAGUGCGAGUAAAUGAAAUAGUUGAAGAACCUUCAUCAGGUUAUAAAUAUCCAAGACCUUCGGUACCAUUUAGGUUUUGAAAAUAAAAACACACCUCCCUCCUAGUAAAUAAUUUUUUUGUUUUAUUUAAAUUAAUGUAUUUCUACGAAUUUUACAGUACAUAAUUUAGA